UGCAGUUGGGCGCUGGAGAUCUGCAUGGGAAGUGAAGCUGCCUGUCCUCUAAGGUUUGUGGGAGACAGCCCCAGGUAUCAGGACCUCUUCACGCAGGCACUCCUGCCCCUGGGCUGGGGCUCCCCCUGUCAGACCUAGCAACAGCUCCAGCCAAGGCCUCGAACCCCCAGUGUGGCUAGAUGUCCCUCUGGCUCUAAAGGAGAAGGCCUAGCGUCAAGUCAGUUCUGCCGGCUUGGUCAGAAAGAUGAAAACGCUGAUUGACUGAUUGACAUUGCCCAGGGAGGUCCUGGACCCCGCCCGCUCUGCUCAGCUGUAGAGGAAAUGGUAGUCACCCUGUGAGAUGGGGUGCAAAAACAGCUGAGACACCAGGAACUCACCCAGCCAAAGAUUGGGUUACUGGAGGAGCCUCUGAGGAGGCAUAGGUGUUUGCUCAGGUGGCUUGGGAAAGGCUUCUGAGGCCACUAGGGGCUGCAGUAGUGAGCCCUCAUCAAAUAGUCUCAAUUGGGCGGGGUGGUGCAUGCUACAGAGUUCCAGGACAGCCAGGGCUGCACAGAAAGCCUACCUUGAGCCCCACCCCCCCUAAAAAAGAAUACGGGGUCUCUGAAAAAAGUGAACAGAAAAUUCCAUAUCAUUAUUCUAAAAGAACCAAAAUUACACAUUUCCCAGAGAAGGGAGAUAUCCCAGUGCCUAAAAUCCUGCUCCAGCAAAAAACGAAACAAAAAUAUGGUCCAGGGUCAGGAGCAUUUACCAAGUGUUACCGAGCUCCUUAUGGACGACCUUCACUCACAGCUUAGUUUACUGGCCAGGAAAACGCCCCCAGAGAUGGUAUCUCAGUCCUGGGCCUAGUGGGGUCCCUUGAAAAUAAGACCGGAUCCUCAGGAGGAGCUAGAGGAGAAACAUGGUGCCAGGGUGGGACACAUGGGAGCCGCACCCCAGCUCCCAGUGCGUCAGAAGGCGGGCAAGGGUGACUUGGAUCCCUGCCAAGGAACCUUCUAGGCCUCCGGAGGGCAGUUCCCGUGAUGUCUGGCGCACUGUCGUGUCUUCCUGGGCUGUCCUUCGCUCUCCCGCGGCUGUCUCAGCCCUUUUAAGAGGUCUGCGCCCUUUGGCCCGCUUCCGCCAUGGCGGCUCCGCAGCUGGAGGAGGACCAGGUGACUUGCUACAUCUGCCUGUGUCGCUACUGGAACCCGGUGACGCUGCCUUGCGGGCACAGCUUCUGCGGGACCUGCAUCCAGGACUCCUGGCGCAGCAGCGAGAAGUUAUGCCCCGUGUGUCGCCAGCCCUUCCCGGAGGACACCAAGCUGUGCCGCAACGUGACGCUGAGCAACUUGCUGAAGGCGCUGCCUCCCGUGCUGCCGGCGCCGGCCACCGCCAUCCCGCGCCAGGAGACCGGCGCCGGCCACAGCGCACGGUGCCCGCGCCACGGGAGGUCGCUCGAGUUCUUCUGUCGCACCGAGGGCCUCUGCGUGUGCAGCGCUUGCACAGUGCACGAGUGCCGUCACCACGAGCGGGCGCUGCUGGACGUGGAGCGCCGCAUGCUCGAGGACCAGCUGAAUGCUAGAGUGGAGAUUACCCGGCAACAGGUCACCAAGGCAGAGAGCCAGCUUCAGGAGCUGCAGCGGCAAAAGAACCAGAUCGAGAGUUCAGCCUGCACCCUGGCCUUGCUGGUCUCCAGCAGAUUCAGCAGCCUGUUACAGGCGUUGGAGAAGCAGCGGGACUUGACAAUGAGGAACAUAGAGACAGCCAAGGAGCAGGCGCUGGGCCAGGCUCUGAACGAGAUACAGCGGCUAACUGGCCACUUGGAGGCCCUGUCUCAGUACGAACACAGUGUGCAGGAUCUCCUGGGGCAAGCAGAUGAUUGUGUCUUCUUCCAGGAGUUGCAGCAGCUCUCUGAGCCUGGAGAGUCCCCUGGGCCACUGACAGCUCCGCAGUGGGAUGAAGUGCAGCAGCUGAACAACGUGAACGAAUUGCUUAGUCCGCUGUGUGGGCUCCUCCUUGAAGAGAAGCCCCCCAGGGUGGCUGCCAGCGCUGCCCACGCUGGUCCUGUGGAGGCCUUGGGUCCCCUGCCACCAGUCCCCAGCACAGUGUGUCCGCUGAGGAAGAAACUCUGGCAGAAUUAUCGCAAUCUGACCUUUGACCCGGACACUGCCAACCAGUACCUGUGCUUGUCCCGCAAGGACCGGCAGGUGACACACCAUUACCAGGCCCAGGGCCCAGCCAGAUCAGGCAGCUUCGAGCUCUGGCAGGUACAGUGCACCCAGAGUUUCCAGACUGGACAGCACUACUGGGAGGUGCACACCUCCCACCACUCUGUGACACUGGGCGUCGCCUACCCCAAACUGCCGCGCAGAAAGGAGGGGACCCACACGGACAACAUCGGCCGUGGCCCUUACUCCUGGGGUCUCUGCCUCCUGGAGGACAGUAUCCAGGCCUGGCACAACGGCAAGGUCCAGCGCCUGCACGGGGUGCCUGGGCAUCUCCUGGGCGUGGAUUUGAACUUGACCUCCGGCUGCCUCAAGUUCUACAGCCUCGAACCACAGACACAGCUGCUUCAUACCUUCUAUGCGCUUUUCAGCCAGCCGCUCUUCCCUGUCUUCUGGCUCCUUGAGGGGAGGACCCUGACUCUUUGCCAUCAGCCAGAAGCCAAGCUCCCUCCAGAGCCCCAGGAAGAGGCCUCAGCCCUCAACUGAGGGAGGCACAGACAGGUGCCGCCAUGCCUAUGUGCCCAGGAGUGGCUCAGCCUCUGACUUGGAGACUGCAGGUCACCAUUCUAAAAGGAAUAGCUGGUGGCCUCUUUUGAGGAGAGAGAUGGGAGGGGAACCCCUAAAUAAAAGUUUACUUUUUACUCUCUUUGAAGGGGCCAGGGGCCAGAAAAAAAUUAAAUAGGAAGCCCCAGCCCCAAGCAAAAGCCAAGCUCUUGACAUUUAGACAUCUGUCUCAGUCAUUGUUCUAUUGCUGUGAAGAGACACCAUGAUCAAGGCAAGUUUGAUUAAAGAAAGCAUGUGACUGGGGGCUUGCUUACAGUUUUAAAAGACUCCAUAAGCUGGGCGAUGG